GUAUUGAAUAGAACUUGAGUUAGGUUCCAUCUCUAUCUCUGAUUCUGAAAUUGCAAAUGUGAGUACAUAACAAGGUUUUUCUUUAAUAAAACAAGUUUCAAGGGUUUUUGGACUACAAAUAAACAUUAUGGCCAACACUCCAGCCACCUCCUCUGCCGGACCCGUGCUCCGUGGUCUCCACAACGCCACCAUCAAGCGUAACCUGGCCAUUUCCCUGGGACUGACCGCUCUGGUGACCGUCGCCUACAAAAUUCUGGUCAACGAUCCCAAGAAGGCCGCGUACGCCGACUUCUACUCGAAGUACGAUGCCAACAAGUCCUUCGAGCGCAUGAAGGCCGCCGGUCGUUUCCAGUCCUGCUAGGCUAUGUUAUCCGGAACACAAGUAGUCUAAGUCAAAAGAUGUUGUAGAGCAAGAGUUGCGCUUCUGUAUUGAAAACUAAAUAGAUUUCAGUCUACGUAUGUGCACGAAGGCCUUUUAAUUUGGA